AUCCCGUCCUCAAAGCCAGGAACACCACGCGAUGAUCCCUUGAUCUCAUUCAACAGAUGAGGAAAAUGAGUCCCAGGGAGAAGCCAAGAAGAAAGCGCCCUGUCCUGGACUUGGCUUGUUUUACACAUUACUGUCUGCCUUCCUUUUCUCAUUGGGCUCUUUGUGUGUUAAAAAAGUGCAAGACGUCCAUGCUGUAGAAAUUAGUGCAUUUCGAUGUGUUUUCCAAAUGCUAGUUGUUAUCCCUUGCUUAAUAUACAGAAAAACUGGGUUUAUAGGCCCAAAAGAUCAACGAAUUUUCCUCAUUCUCAGAGGAGUGAUUGGUUCUACCGCCAUGAUCCUUAUAUACUAUGCUUACCAGACAACGUCUCUUGCUGACGCCACAGUUAUCACGUUUAGCUGUCCGGUGUUUACGUCCAUAUUUGCUUGGAUAUUUCUCAAGGAAAAGUACAGCCCUUGGGAUGCUCUUUUCUCCAUGUUCUCAAUCACUGGAGUGAUCCUUAUUAUGAGACCACCAUUUUUGUUUGGUUCCAACAGUUCGGGGAUGGAAGAAAGCUAUUCAGUCCAUCUUAAGGGAAUGUUUGCAGCAAUUGGACAUACCGUAUUAGCUGCAUUGACUCUAGUUAUCCUAAGAAAAAUGGGAAAAUCGGUGGACUACUUUUUGAGCAUUUGGUAUUAUGUAGUACUUGGCCUCGCUGAAACCAUCAUCGUCCUCUCUGUAUUAAGAGAAUGGAGUCUGCCUUACUGUGGAUUGGACCGGCUAUUUCUCAUCCUAGUUGCGCUCUUUGGUUUGGGGGCUCAGGUAUUUCUCACCAAAGCAAUUCAAAUAGAAAAGCUAGGACCAAUAGCAAUAAUGAGGACGAUGGAUGUGGUCUUUGCUUUUAUCUUUCAAAUUAUUUUCUUUAAUGAUGUGCCAACGUGGUGGACUGUUGGUGGUGCUUUCUGCGUAGUAGCCAGUAAUAUUGGAGGGGCCAUUCGUAAGUGGUACCAGAGUUCCAAAUGAACCAUCAGUGCUGAAAUUUCACCCAUUCAGACACAACUCGCGUGCAUGUGCGCGCCCACACACACACCCACACCCACCCUCUCUAC